CUAACUGCAAUUUAUUCCGAUUUUACAUUCAAGAAAACUGAAAAACAAAAUGGCGAAUGAAGUUUUUUAUAGUGCACGAAUCGGUUGCGAAAUAUGACCCAAUUGUGAAAGUGUGUCAAGCUUGUAAAUAAUAUACCUACGUAUCUAUAUAUUGAAGUGCGUUUGAAAGAGCAAAAACAUGUCCAAAAUGCAGACAACGUUGAGGAAAGCGAGUGAAAAAUCAAAGUCCAAAGAAAAAUCGGAAAAAAUAAAAGACGAGCCGUUGACUGCAAGGAAGAGUAGCAAAGGUGAAGAAGAAAAAGUAAAAAAGAGUUCGUACAACGCCACUACGCCAAGGAGUUUUAUACAGAAAUCUUCCACAGUAGAUAUUUAUGGACAAAAGAAAAAACCUGUAACACAAACCACGAGGGCGCCAAAAAAAGUUUCCGGGACAACACACACAAGUCAAAACGUUACGCCGACGAAGGAUUUCUUAAAAUCAUCGCCUUCGUCAAUUAGCCAAAUCAGCAUGAGAAGUGCGUUCGAUAAAAUACCCAAAAGCACCCCGAAAAAGUCGGAAGCAAGGGCUUUGACACACUCUGCCAGGAAAGUGUCGACUACUCCGCGUACAGCCAAAGAUUUGCGGUCCAAUGUGACCGUAAAUUCGCCAAUAGCCAAACGCAAACUAAACAUGAAUUUAGAGCAAAAAUCACAAAAACCUGAGCCUAAGGAAGUGGAUAAGAAAAAUGAAAAUAAGGAAAAACAAAACAACAAAGAAAACGCUAAAGAUGAAUCGGUAGCUAGACAAAGAACGAAAACAAGAACUUUAGACGAGAAUGAAGUAAAAGUGUUAACAUCGGAAUCUCUCGACAAUAAUGCAGAAAUGUACCAAUUAACGAAAUUCAAGCUAGUCGCUCAGCCGAAGGCGUUUUACGUAGAAUUAGAUGGAGGAGACGCGAAGAGUAAUGAGAAAUCAAGCGAUGAAGACGUAAGUUAUGAAGACGACUUCGAAAGUUACGAAUCAGAUUUCGAUUCGUACCACAGUGAACCAAGUGACAACGACAAAAGUGAAAAUUACGAAAGUCCAAACGAGAAUGGAAACACUGACUCUCAUCACACAGAGAAAGACGAACAGAGCUCCAAUGAACACGAUCCCGAGAAGAUGCUGGACUCAGGUAAUUUCGAGCUCCGUGAGCAGCGCUCGGCGAGCCGCAAACCUGCUGUGAUGGAGUACAUCCUGGAAGACUGUGAGGACAAGCGAGCCUCCCUCACAGAUGAGGGGUUCCAGGACAUGUCCAGCUCAAGCGCAGUCUCCAGCAUGAAGACACAUGUCGACGUUUUGGACAGACCACUCUUCAUAGACUUCUCGAAAUCAAAAGAGAACAAACGAAAACGAAAAGUAAACGAACAUUUACAACAAAGAGCUAAAGAUUUGCUUAGCAUGAUAACUUUGCACGAAAUGUCCUAUUCAUUGUAUGAAAUGAAACCGAUUCCAUACGAUUUGUACAUGGCAACAUUCGGCCGAUCAAAUUACACCCAAAUUGCCGUCCAAACGUAUGACGAUGGUAUCCCUGAAGAAGUGCAAACCGAAGAUAUAAUAAACGAACACAAAUGGACGCAACAUCCAAUUAACUUUUCAAAACACGAUGUUUAUUUAUAUCCAGAAUCGAAUACAAAAAAAUAUGGCCGGAAGGAUGAAGAUUAUUUAACAAAGUUCACGUUUUUAAUAAAUAAUAACUCAGAUGUAGAUGAUAAUAAUCAGAUUAAUUUGGAUAAAGAUUACAAAGAAAAUCCGUUGAGGAUAUAUUUUGAACAGAAAGAUGGCGUUGGUUCCUGUGAAAUGUUGCCAUAUGGCAGCUACAAAAACAAAAUUGAAAAUAACGAUUACAACACGGGUAAACUUAGAAAGUUUUUGAAAAAAGUGGAAAGAAGAGUCAGUAGUAUUUUGAGCCUUAAUACUGGGGAUAAACAUUUGACAGAUUUAGCGAAAAAUACAAAAUUACCGUUUAGUAAAGGUUUUGUAUCUUUUUCACCGAAAACUCUAGAAGAUGAAGACUUGUCUUUUCUAAAGUCUAUGACAAUAACUAAUUUAAUAUUUUCCGAUACAAAGAGUAAUCUUAUUAUGUCUUUUCAUAAGAAAUCUUCAAUAAUUGGCAACAAAAGUGUUAUUUGUGUGUGGGACGUUGGGGUUGCCAGACGAGAUCCAGUGAAAAUACUAGUUGCCAUAGACAAUGUUGUUAUUGGAAGGUUCAAAGGCAAUGUAGACGGGGUACUAGUUGCUGCUUUGGAGGAUGGAUCAAUUCACCUUUGGGACCUCUCCGAAGAGCCAACAUGGCGAAGCGAUGUUGCCAGUGAAGAAAAACCAGCGAAUUUGGUAGAAAUCAACUCGGAUAGACUGACACAAACUGAAAGAGAUAGACAGUGGAAUGUGGAGAACAGUAACGUUGGACGCGAACAGCUUUGCAUCCAAAAUGCUCUGCAAGCGGGCGCUUACACGAGCAGUGCCGGCAACAUGGCGACGGGUGACGUCACAGACUGCAUCGUCGGGCUAGAGUUCGUUGGCGACGCGCAUGCGCCUCACGGCCAAGAUGGCGGUAGGAAGAUUGUCGGACAGGUUUGCUCUUUACAACAAAAAGGAAUCUUGUGUAUAUGGUCAAUAGUCCAAGAAAAAACAAAAAACAUAGACAUGGGUAAAGCUUACUGGUCUAAAAUGAAACUUGAAAGAACUCAGACCAUAAUGUUGUUAGACCACAUAGAUAUACCCACAAAACACUUAAGGGAGAAUGAAAAUAUUAUAGACUUUAAUCUGACUGCGGCGAAAAGACGACUGUCGAGUAGAAAAUCCGAAAAAAGUUUAAUGAAAAUCGUUUCCCGUUUAAAAUCCAACAGUUCCGAAUUUGACAUUUCCCGCCCGGCCAGUGCUGCCAGCUUCAAUAAAGUGUUGUCAAUCGAAAAAACUGACCAGCAAAGUUGGGAGAGAGGAAUCGUGUGUUGCCAUUUGAAGAUUAUGAAGGUGGACAAAAAGGAAUAUUAUCUGGUGGCCAAAAAUUGUGGAGAAGUGCUUUGUUGUACCAGGAUUGCUGGUGCUGUUAAAGUAAACACGUUUUCUGUUACAACGGACACGUCAACGGUUACCUGUCUAGACGUAUCAUCUCACGGUUUGCCAUACUUUCUCGCAACCACCGAUUCGGGAACCGUCAACCUCUGCUCCUUGUUGGACUCUAGAGUUCUUCUUACGCUGGAUUGUCGAAAUUGUCCUCCAAAUGACUCGACGGAGAGAUGCCAAUCAGACCACAAGGGGAGAUUCAUCAGCAGUGCAAAAGCUCAUACCUCUGCGAAUAAAAAUGACGUCAAAUUGGAUUCCAAGCUAUCCAUAUCAUCUUUGCACUGGUCGCUGACGAACCCAUGCUGCAUGUACACGGUACUGGGGGAUGGCUCGCUAGCCGCCUGGGACCUGACUCACAGCGAUAUAUACAUGAAGAGCUGCAGCAGCCACGCGGCCGCCGCCUGCGCAUCCUCACAGGGCACCUUGGCACUUCUGAGCCCUGAAGGAGAGAUUCAAGUGCACAGACUAUCCAAUGACAACCACAAUGAUAUUUACGUCGAAUUAUUUAAAUUAUACGCCACGUUGUUAUAGUUCUGAACUAAAUAAUGAUAAUGAAUGAAUAAUAGAUACCACAGCGUUGCCUUCGGAGUUAAAUAGGCCACAUAGAAGCAAUUCAUUUAAAAAAGCAAUAUUGCAAUUUGAAUUCGCGCGGCCUGUGGUUCAGUGGUUGACCUGGAUGAUUCGGAGGUCCCGGUGGGGACAUAUCACAAAAAUCAUAAUAUUGUGAUCCCUAGUUUGGUUAGGACAUUACAGACUGAUAACCUGUCACCUGUCCGAAAGUAAGAUGAUCCGCGCUUCGGAAGGCACGUUAAGCCGUUGGUCCCGAUGAAUACUUACUGAUGUAAGUGAGUAAACGUUACAUGAGGCAUGUCAGGGGCCUUUGGCGGCUCAAUAGUAACCCUGACACCAGGGUUGCUGAGGUUGGUAAUCCACCUUACAACCCACACGAUAGAAGACAUUUGCGCAUACAAAAGUAAGUACGCAAUGCAAAGAAAUGUCAAAUAACAAUAUUGCUUUUUUAGAUGAAUCGCUGAGAGCUCUCACCCGGCACAAAAUUUAAGACGACUGGCCCGAGGGUACUCAAUUGAACGCGAAUCUCGGCCAUAGAAUAAGGAACAAUACUACGUUUAGAACGGCAACUCUCCGCUCCCCACCAGCCCUGAGCUAGGUUUACCUCACCCCCCCUUGAACAUAGUUUAGUCUUCAAUGAUCGCCAGACGUCACACACACAGAUGCGCGCGUACGAUAACGUCAAUGUGUACUGUCCGUGUAAAAAGAGGUGUUUUGUAUUUAUGUGUCCGGGGUGUGACUCGGCUCAGGGCGUCGUCUGAGGGGUUUAAAUUUGAAAGAAUGAAUCGACCCUAGUGGGUCGAUAGUGAGACUUGUAUCGACCCUAGUAGGUCGAUAGCGAGACCUUUAUCGACCCUAAUAGGUCGAU